AUGGAUUCUACCACCUUCUCGGCGUUGCUUGCUGAGGCUCCCAGCAAACCAGGUCAACAUGACCAAAAGCAAGGUCAACAACGCGCAGGUGCAAAGCGCUCGUUCCAGCAGGGUGGCCAGUCCAAGAAGAAGGCACGCAAGCGGGAAAGGGAUAUGAAGAGUGGUUCGCACGAGGAAGUGCUCGCACUGGACAUUGAAGCACUUCUUGCAUCCCAGAGAUCGCCACCCCCCACAGAAGGCAAUGCCGAAGAGGGCACUGCUGUAGAGGAGGCGCUCCCGCAAGAAGGUAGCGAGAUUGAGCUCGAGGUCGUGGAGAUUUCAUCGACGGGAGAAGGUCUGGCACAGCAGAAAGGCUUCAAGCAGGUCUAUGUCGUCCCGUUUGUCAUUCCUGGCGACACCAUCAAGGUCAAGGUGUACCGCCACAUGAGGGAAGGUUACACGGUGGCUGAUCUCAUUUCUGUCGUCAAGCCUGCACCAACUCGCGACGACAGCAGGAUACAAUGCAAGUAUUUUGCCUCUUGCUCUGGCUGUCAAUUCCAGAUGCUCGACUACUCUGAGCAAUUGCGCCUCAAGAAGCGCAUCGUCGAAAAGGCAUUCCGCAACUUUUCGCAGCUGCCUCCAGAACUAGUUCCGGCCAUUCAAGACACCAUUGGCAGUCCCCUGCAGUAUAAUUACCGAACCAAGCUCACCCCUCAUUUCGAUGGUCCAAAGGGCUGGUUCAAGAAGAAGAAUGUGCAACCGUUCGAGAGUCGGCCCAACAUAGGAUUUACUCCCAAGGGUGGCAACAAGACCAUGGACAUUGAGGACUGCCCCAUUGGCACGGAUGCUGUACGACUUGGCAUGAAGCUAGAGCGAGCCAGAAUGGAGGUUGAAUACAAAAAGUAUCUCAAGGGAGGUACGAUCUUGUUGCGCGAGGACACAAAGCGAGUUCCCAAGACUGCGUCUCCUUCCAGAGCCCGAUCCCCAUCGCCCGAAAACUCUAUCAAGGUCGAGGGUGAAAACCACAUCGACUACAAGACCUGCAUCACCGACAAUAACGGAACAUCAACUGAGUACAUUGACGACUUUGUGUUCAAGAACUCUGCAGGCUCGUUCUUCCAAAAUAACAACUCGAUACUCCCCGUCUUCACUGAGCACAUCCGACAAAACGUAAUGCCGCCGACGCCGGACGCAUCCAAGCCCAUCAAGUAUCUCAUUGAUGCCUACUCGGGAUCUGGUCUCUUUACCAUCACGCUAUCCUCUGUUUUCCAAAGCAGCACUGGUAUCGAUAUCGAUGCCAAGGCUAUCCAGGCUGCUCGCAAGAACGCAGAAGCCAAUAACCUGCCUCCUACUCAAGCCAACUUUAUCGCCGCUGAUGCCGGAGAGCUGUUUAAGAACGUCAGUUAUCCUGCAGAUGAGACUGUCGUCAUCUUGGAUCCGCCGAGAAAGGGCUGCGACGCCAACUUCCUUCGUCAAUUGUUGCAGUUUGGUCCCAAGAGGGUAGUCUAUGUCAGCUGCAACGUACAUACCCAAGCUCGUGAUGUAGGCAUGCUAGUCAGAGGCGAGGCUGGCGAGGGUGAGGCAGUUGCUGCAACCCCAGGACAAAAGCAGGUCCGCUAUGAGAUUGAGAGCCUCAGGGGCUUUGACUUCUUUCCGCAAACAGGCCACGUAGAGGGUCUGGCCUUGUUGAACAGAGUUGAAAUUGAUACUGCCGCCGUUGCGGAAUCUACCGAGGCCCCGGUCGCAGCGUAG